AUGCCGAUCAUCAAUGAGCGCGACUUUCCGCUACUUCCGUCACAAGAUGCAAAGCGUCGACGCGCUACCAAGCGUAAACUCAAGAACAAUGGCUUGAGAUCUCGUACAGCUGGGUCGCUUGCGACAUUGACUGAUCUUCCUGAUGAGUUGAUUCUUGAAAUACUGGGCUACCUACCAGGUAUAGACCUCAACCAAUUCCAACUUCCUACACUGGUCAAUUUGGCAUUGACCAGUCGGCGCUUUUACCGGAUUGUCGUUGAUAUGCUCUAUACUAAGUACAAUAGCCAUUUCUGCGAGCCUUACACAUUUCUUCGUACUAUGAUUCUCAAUCCGCAGCUUGCGGGAUUUAUUCACGAUGUGGACAUCACAUUCGGCCUGUGGACAUGUCGCAAGGGUCGACGUUAUGUCCCAACUGCGAAGGACAAGAAAACUAUUAAAGAAGGACUGCGCGCGCUUGCAACAAAGAGUGUGAGAUACAAAAGAAAAAUGUCUAACCCCUCAGUUGUUAAGCCCGAUCCGUCCUAUGUUGUACCCCUCUUCAUCAACGGCAAGGAGGUCACAACCAAAACCACUUUUCCUGUAACAUCACCUUCAUCCCACAAGCAAGUAUGGACCUCUUCGGCCGCCUCUCUGGAAGAUGUCAAGAGUGCCGUGUCAGCGGCAAAAGCUGCUUUUCCCACUUGGUCUAAGAUGAGGCAUUCCGCCAAACGCAAUAUCUUCUUGAAGGCCGCCGACGUGAUCGAUGCGCGCGCGGAAGAAUUCGCAGACUACAUGAAGAUUGAAACUGGAGCUGCGGACAUGUUCAGCAACGGGUUCAAUGUGCCUAAGAUGGCGGAUAUGCUGAGAGAUGUGGCGGGAAGGUUGAGCGCCGUGAUGGGACAUAUUCCUAGCUGUGAAGAGGAGGGUACUAGUGCGCUGAUCGUCAAAGAGCCGUAUGGGGUCGUGUUGGGCAUUGCACCUUGGAAUGCCCCAUAUGUGCUUGGUAUGCGAUCAAUUCUGUACCCUCUCGCUGCGGGUAACACUUGCAUCCUGAAGGGUAGCGAGUUCUGCCCUCGCACAUGGUGGGCUAUUGGCAGCGCCUUGAGCGAGGCCGGCCUUCCCGCGGGCGCGCUCAAUGUCCUCUUCCAUCGUCCUGAGGAUGCAGCGCAGGUGACAACUGCCCUAAUUGAGGAGCCCGCUAUCAAGAAGAUUAACUUCACUGGCUCUACUGCCGUUGGUCGCAUAAUCGCAUCGACAGCUGGUAAAAACCUCAAACCUGUUCUGCUCGAACUAGGUGGCAAAGCGAGCGCCAUUGUCCUCGACGAUGCCAACUUGCAGACAGCAGCGACACAAUGUGCACUAGGUGCCUUCCUGCAUUCAGGCCAGAUUUGCAUGAGCUCGGAACGCAUUCUGGUACACAAGAACAUCAAGCCACAGUUCAUCGAAGCUUUCAAGGGCGCCGUGGAGGGUAUCUUCGGCGGCGACAAGCCCGCGCCGGUUCUCGUAGCUGCGCCGGGUGUAGAAAAGAACAAACGCCUUGUCGCAGAUGCAGUCAAGAAUGGCGCCAAAGUCGUACAUGGUGACCACGAAAGCGAUGAAAAACACCCGGAGACGAACGAAACCUCCGGAACACGCAUGCGUCCCAUCAUCGUUGAUGGCGUGAACAAGAACAUGGAGCUUUUCCACACUGAAUCUUUUGGACCAUCCGUCUCUGUCAUAGAGAUCUCUAGUGAUGAGGAAGCUAUCGAGAUCGCUAAUGACACUGACUACGGUCUUUCUGGUGCUGUAUUCACAGAGAACCUUGGCCGCGGUCUGCGCAUUGCCAAGCAGAUUGAAAGCGGAGCUAUUCAUAUCAACUCCAUGACAGUGCAUGACGAGUGGACUUUACCGCAUGGCGGUGCGAAGGCAAGUGGAUUUGGGCGAUUCAACGGGCACUGGGGUAUUGAAGAGUUCUUAAGGAUGAAAACUAUCACCUACAAGGAGUAG